AUGGUCUGGUUUCCGCUCGAAGUCGAUAAUGCGGCAGUAACCUGGAGCUUCGACAUCGUCGGCCUGCUCGCCGUGGUCGGAGGAUCUUCAAUCGAAAAACAUGCACAGAGUAUUACUGCCUCUUCUCUUGCCGGUAUCCCUCGUCUGCUGCCUGCUCCAGAGACGAUGCUGGAUACCGAUCGCCCAGAUCGACUACCCUCCGUCAAGGAUGUGACCGUCGUAGGCGUGCACUCGGGCAAUAAAUUCGACGAACUCAAUUUCUUCGCCGACGUGAUUCACCGUAUUGGAGACCUGAAAAGCUUCCAGUUCCAAUCCCUCACGAUCACAUACAGGCGGAAAGAUGCCGAGGAUAACGGGACUUUUCUACAUCAAGGCGCACCACCAGGCAAAGCCAUCAUCCCAUUGCACACCUUCUCCGCACUGAACCUGUUGACGUUGAUUUCUGUCCUCAUUACGAUCGCUCUGUUUGUCUGGGCCGGUGUGCAGCAUGAUGCAGUCGCUCUUCUCGGUCUGGGAACUAUGUCCAUCUCCACCGCCACGGCCUGUCUGUCCGCACAGUGGCGCCCGAUCCUCACAGUCCGAUCAGCCAAGGGCAUCGUGCCCCCAGGUGAUGUCGUCAUCCGUACACGGAGUGGAGCUUUCGUCGCCAUCGAGUGCAGCGAGGAAAUCGCCCGUGAGCUGUACGCCGGAACAGAAGAAUGCUCGUACGUCUACAAUGGACGUACGCACCAGUGUCUUCUCGCGCUCAGCACGGUACUACUGAUGGCUUCCAUUAUCUUCUUUAGUAACUGCGGCUGGAAGAUUCAGAUUGCUGUUGGACUUGCCUACAUCAUUCUUAAUCUUGCGUACUGGGCUUUGGCCCUGUUGACGAAACCGCAAGACCUCUGGAAUUGGGAGAGCCGGUACGAGGUAAAGACGCACACAGACGAGAUAUGUGCAAACUAUACCCUGGCGAUGUGGAAAGCUAUACAGAGGACUGGGAGUGUUCGCUGGGUGAAGAAGGCCGGAUUUGCGCCGGCGACGAAGAAGUGGAAUGGGUGGCUGAAGGAGGCGAAGGAGAACUGUGCCAACAAGGAAUGGGACCCUGAGGAGGCGCGUGAUCGGUGGAUGCGGAUGGACCUAGAGGAGGAAAAGGAGGACUAA